AUGGAGGGGGAUGGUAGGAACAAUGGAACCCAAUGCUUUGUUUUAAGUGGCAGGAGGGAGCUCUUCGUUGGCGUUCAUUUGGGACUAAGGGAUCUAUCCAGUCUCUCAAGCCGUGUUUAUCGGAAUAUUUUGCCAUCCUCUAAGGAACGAGAUGAUAAGAAAUGGUGUCAAGAUGAUUACAUGAUACAGGAGCUUCAACUGCCACUCAUUCUAUUACUGGUGAAAACAUAA